AUGGCGCAGUCAACUUGGUCUGUCACGGCGUCAGCAGGAUCAGUGUCGCAGGAAGAGCAGCAGAGUGGUGCCUCGGAUCAGCCUCCCCUGGUGGUGGCGACGCGCGAGAAAGGCAAAAACGGCAAGCUGAUGAAGGCACUGAGUGCGAGGGGAGUGUCAGUGAUGGAGCUGCCGCUCAUCCAGCACUCAGACGGGCCCGACACCCACCGCCUGCCAGCCGUGCUUCAAGACGCCGGCGCUGAGGCUGGCAGUGGUGGGGGGCGGCACAGCGGAGGUGUUCCACCAGCUGGGCGAGCCCGAGAAGCACCUCCUGCCCGUCCAGUUCGUUCCCUCCAUAGGUACCUUUUCCUUCCCUUGAACAGUAGUGAUAGGCGCCGGCACAACCGGAGUGCUUCUGGUCUUCCACCAGCUGGACGAGCCGGAGAAGCACCUCCUGCCCGUCCAGUUCGUUCCUUCCACAGGCGGCAACCGCCGGGUGCUUCUGGUGCAACCUUGUGUGCUCUCCUCAUUUCCACUCUCUCCUCCCUCUCCUCGCUCUCCGCCCUCCCUGCGUCCCCAGCCACGGCCAAGUAUCUGUCGGCUGAAAUCCCGGAGAUUGAAGGCGGCAACCGCCGGGAGUCGGUGACGAGUGUGGACGAGGACACCAUACAGAGAGCCGCCAGGGCUCCUGUCGUUGCUGUGGCUUCUCCCACUGCUGUCAGGGCAUGGAUGGAGGUGGUGGCGUCUCGCACGCAGUGGGAUGGAGCUGCAGCGUGCGUAGGGGGAACUUCAGCCGAAGCUGCGAGAAAAGCAGGAAUCAAGAAGGUGUUUGCCCCAGAUAGCCCUGGAAUUGAAAGUGUUAUGGAAGCACUGGAAGCAGCACCUGCUGAAGCACAAGCGUAG